UUCGCUCUCGCGCGCCGCCGCCGCCGCCGCCGCCGUCGCCGAGAUGGGAGCAGCCGCCUCGACGAACAAGCAGCCGUCUCCUCCGGCCAAUGAGAAUAUGGAAGAAGAAGCCGAAGCCGGCGGAGAUCGUUGCUGCUGGUCGUGGUUGCCGGAGGACGUCCUGCUGACCGUGAUGGGGUUCAUGGAGGUCCCCGACGUCGUCCGCUCUGGAGCCGCGUGCUCCGCGUGGCGCGCUGCCGCCGCGGCCUUCCGCCGCCUCCGCCUCUCGACGCCGCGGCAGCCGCCGUGCCUGCUCUACGCCUGCGACGCCUACGGCCCCGACGCCGCCGCGCUCUACUCCCCCUCGACGGCCGCCACCUUCUGCGUGCCCUUCCGCAUCCCGCGCGCCGUCGCGGGCGCGGCGCACGGGUGGCUGUUCGCCACCGACGACGAGGCCAACCCGUACCUCGUCAACCCCGUCACCGGCGCCCGGGCCACGCUGCCGCCGAUCACGACCCUCGACCGCGUGAGGAGCCGCGAGACCCUCGUCGUCGGCGGCGGCGGCGGCGUCGUGUACGGCGUCGAUGUCUCCCCGACCGUCGGGGAGAAUAUACGGCACAUCACCGCGGAGCGAGCGCGCGACUGGAUGUUCCGCCGUGUCGCCGUCUCCGGCAGCCCUUCCGCCGCCGCCGGGUGCGUCGUCCUGCUCGUGCACAUGCCGUUCUCGGAGCUCUCCUUCGCCAGGCCGGGCGACGCGCGCUGGACCUCGCUCUCCGGCGUCGCGGAGCUCUCGUUCGCCAGGGCACCCAACAUGGCCAUGGUGGGCGACUGGGGCUCGAUCCUCGCCAUGGGGGAGCUCCAUCACCGCCAGUACUGGACCAGCAUCGUCCACAACCACAAGAACGGGCUCUUCUACCUGCUGCGCCACUGCGGCUCCAUCUUCUCCCUAGACCUCACCGGCGGCGGCGCGGCGUCGUCGUCGUCUCCGUCUCCGGUAGCGCGAACCGUCCUGAGCUCGCCGUCGCCGCAUCAGUACUCCUCUGGUCCCAAACCCACACAGUACCUCGCCGUCACGCCGCGCGGCGAGCUCCUGCGCGUGACGCGGCGGUGGCACCAGACGGCGAUCGUCGCUCCGCCGGACGCCUCCAACGGCAGGUGGCACGUGGAGCACGCCGUCGCCACGACGGGCGUCGAGGUCGAGGAGAUCCGCACGCCGCCGCCGCCGCCGCUCGCCACGGCGGCGUCGACGGCGACGGCGAUCAGCGUGGCGGGGCUCGGCGGCUGCGGCGACGUGGCGCUCUUCCUCGGGAAGAGCUCCGCGGCGUGCAUCCCGACCGAGGGCUUCCCCAUGCUAAGGCCGAACUGCGCGUACCUGACCGACGACGCCGGCGGCGACGUGGUCCGGUCGCCGGCGGCGAGGCGGGACUUCGGCGUCUGGGACUUCGGGAGCGGGAGGCUGCAGAGGCUUGGUGACGUGUGGCCGCUUCAUCACCCGUGGCUGUAUUCUCCUUCUCCGAUUUGGAUUACGCCUUCUCUUUAUUAGGACUGAUAAUUCUAUAUUGUUCUCGCUUGUUAAUGGCAUUGUCCAAUGCUUAACUGAUACUAAUCCUAAAUAUUUAUCAUUGUAUUAUGGGUCAGUUGAGAAUGCAAAUUACUGAAUAUGUAGAUGCUUUUGAAGU